GUUCGUUUCAGUUUAAGUAGUGCUUACCAGCUGUACAGAAGUGUUCUUUUCGCUUUGAUUGGCUUGGCACCAAAAUGGUCCGAAUGAGGAUAACGUUUCUGUGGCUGCUGGUAAUAUCAGCAAACCGGUAUCGCUGUAUGGCAAAUGUUUUGCACGAUUCGCUCGACCUGUAUAGCAUAGAGGUUGGAAAACCCGCAGCUUCUCCAACCAAGUCCGCUCCUAUUCAAACGCUGGAACAAUUGAAAAUGUCUCCACACAUCUACGGAUAUUGCGACGAGUUGAAGAAAUCUGACCCAUCCGGAGUUUACAGAAUCUACGUAAAUAUGGACCAAACCGCUGUGGUGUUCUGUGACCAGGAGUACGAAGGCGGUGGAUGGACCGUGAUCCAAAAUCGUUUCAACGGAUCCGUUAGUUUUGAUCGCUACUUGCCCGAAUAUAAGAACGGAUUCGGCCGGAUCGAGGGCGGAGAAUUUUGGUUGGGGCUGGACGUUAUUCAUCAACUGACGUGUUCGGCACCCCACGAACUAGUCAUACUGCUUGAAGACUAUGCAGGGAAUUCGUAUACUGAAAAAGCAGAACGAUUUGCAGUUACCAUAUCAUACGUUGAUGAGUAUAGAGUAAAGGUAACAGGUUUCUCUAAAGAAUCGAUGUUUUCAGAUACGUUUUCUGAAGGAACGAAAUGGUGGGACAGCAUUUCUUCUUAUAAAGGAUCGCUAAAUGGAAUAUAUGGUACUUCUGCUCGGAAAGUUAGUAAUGGUCAUAUGACGUGGCUAGUCAACACGAAACAGCUUCCAAUUAAAUCAUCCAGAAUAAUGAUUAGAAGAAAGUGAAAAUAUCCACACCCAUGUUUUCCUCCAACAUUGAUUGGAGUAAGUUAGGGGAAGGUGGUCGGUUAUCGGCACCUUUUUGUUCUUGGUUCAUAACUUUCGCCCAAUUGAACAAAGUGGUGAUAUUUGCAUACCAAUGGAAGCCUAUAUGUAUAAGCUUAUUGCUGGUGAAGAAAUUUGAUUUAUUUUACCUCUCUGAAAUUUUUAAAAAAUGGUUUUGUUGUUUAGUUGUCCUAAAAACCAAAAUUAUCAAUCAUUUUGAAAAGUGAAAAUAAAAGCUUAGUUGCGAACACUACGGUAACAAUCAAUAUUGAAUCAUAAAAUAGAGUAAAUUUCCUUUGUAAAUACGUAAUAAAUUGACAUUUCCGAUCCUUUUA